AUGAUUACUUCUGCUUCCAUCUCCCUUCAAGUAACUACUUCUAGGAAUGCUUCAGCUUUUACCUCUACUACCGCUUUCAUUCAGCCACAUUUCAUCUCUCUGCCACAGCCUCAGACUUUGGCAGAUCGUAUUUCGCUUCGAUAUACUAUGCCUUGGCAGGCUAUGAUCAUCAGCUGUGGCAGUCAAAUCUGCAGUGGAUCCAUACUUAGCAGCUCUUGGGUUCUCACUGCUGCUCACUGCGUCAGAAAUAUGAAUCCAGAAGACACUAUUGUAAUACUAGGACUUAGGCAUCCCGGUGCACCUCUGAGAGUUGUUAAAGUGACUACUAUUCUACUUCAUGAGCGAUUCCGGUUAGUGAGUGGAACAGCAAGAAAUGAUCUAGCUUUAGUACUGCUACAAGAGAGUCAAAAUUCCAUUCAAAUAUCAGCACCAUUGGGCCACUUGAAGAACUUGAAUAAUUCAGAAUGUUGGCUCUCUGGGCCACAAAUUCUCAAACCAGGUGAGACAGAUGAUAAUCCAGAAAUAUUACAGAUGCAGGUAAUGGGAGCAUCAAACUGUGCCCACCUCUACCCUGAUAUAGGAAGUUCUAUUAUUUGCUUCAUCACCCACGCCAAAGGUCAUGACACAAAUAUAGAGCUAGUGAAUCCAGGCAGUGCUGUUAUGUGCAGACCAAUAUAUGGCAAUGGCAAAUGGAGACAGAUAGGCCUCACCUGUCUUAAGGCUCUAGCUACUAUAGUGAGCCCACACUUUUCCUGGAUUAUAACCACUACAGAAAAAGCAGGCCAUCCCCUAAAUCAAGCUGUCAUGCCAUGGAUGGAAAAGGCUAACUCCUCUUGUCUCCUUCAGCAUACAACCAAAUUGUUACUUUCUUUA